UGUCGACUAAUGAAUGUGGCGCCCUCUAUAUUGUCAAUGUUGUUAGGCUUACCAAAUGGAGUCUAAUGGAGUCGAUUUAAUGAAAAUUCUUUGAAAAGAAAAUCAAUUCGAAAGCAUGAAAAAUUCCUUUGAUAUGGUAAACAAAUGAAUUUUUAUUUAAAAAUUAUAAAUUAGGAAAGUGCAAAAUAUUGUGCGUGCAAGUGAACGCUUUAAAGUGAAAUGUUUACAAUCUAGACAUGGGAGACACCUCUGCUGUUUGUCACUAGAAAUUUCAACGAUUUUCCUGGCAAUAUUGCAUUUUUCCGUUGAGUUAACAUGGAAUUUACUUUCUUUGCAUGUUAUUGGAUACAAAUAUAAACUUUUGGAAUGCUGAAAUCAUCCCCUAUAAGUAUAGCCACAGGCAAUGAUGAAAAUUUUAUUCUUUUACUUUUAAUUGCUGUGAAUGCUCAUCAACGUCUCCAAUACUUAUAUGUAUAAGUAGAAAUCAGUAUUAUAUGAAACCUAAUUAUGACUAUUCUUCAUAUUCAGGUAUUGGAUAGCUAUGUAGCUGCACAGAGGAAAUAAGCCUGUGCACCAAUUAAGUGCAAUGUCACAGAGAGUUAAAAGGCCUAAUCGUUCUGAAGAUGGCUCAAUUCCUAAUAAAAGGCGGAAACGCACGGCGGCGGAAGAAGAAGAAACGACCUCCUUGGCAGCAGCAUCGACAAUCAAUUCAGCUGCUACAAGUGGUAAUGCUAGUGGGACUGGAGGGGCAACCAAUGCUGCUUGGCAGCCACCUCGUACAAAUGAGUUGAAGAGUAUCUAUAACCGUACUACAACCGAAGCACCAGCAGAAUUAUUCCGUAAAGAUCUGAUCAGUGCUAUGAAGCUUCCUGAUUCCGAGCAAUUAGCCUCCAGUGAAUAUUGGGUGAUAGUAGAUCAAUGGAAACAGGAAUGGGAAAGAGGUGUACAGGUACCUGUGAACCCCGAUAGUCUGCCAGAACCAUUGGUCACCAUAAAACCCAGCUCAUCUUGUUCUUCUUCGUUUAGACCACUUACAGAUUUUAAAUUGCACAAAACUAAAUAUACUCGCAUUACAAAAGAUGAAAAUUUUAACACGGAUGAACAUGUCCUAUCUCAAGCGCCUGCCAAAGCGGAAGCUGCAUGCUCUUAUGACUUAGAUGAAUGUGAUGUAGCUUGGCUCAAAAUCUUGAACGCAGAACGAGCCGCGUCAGGCUUAGGACCUGUCUACGAAGAAGAAUUGGAAAGGGUGAUGGAGAGGCUAGAAUUAUGCUGUUGGGAAAAAAUUCAAUCGAUACUCAGGAACGAAGAAGGUUUAGGAAUUGAAUACGAUGAAAAUGUUAUAUGUGACGUUUGUCGGUCACCGGAUUCAGAAGAAGGAAACGAAAUGGUAUUUUGUGAUAGUUGCAAUAUUUGCGUUCACCAAGCCUGUUAUGGUAUCACUCGAAUUCCUGAAGGUCAAUGGUUGUGCUGUACAUGUAACAUUGGUAAGAGGCCGGAAUGUGUAUUGUGUCCUAAUAAAGGAGGGGCUAUGAAAUGUCUUAGAACUGGCCAAAAAUGGGCUCACGUCUCUUGUGCUCUUUGGAUACCUGAAGUCAGUAUAGGAUGCGUAGAAAAAAUGGAACCAAUAACGAAAGUUUCCAGCAUUCCGCAAAGUCGAUGGGCUCUUAUAUGCGUUCUUUGUCGAGAACGAGUUGGUGCUUGUAUACAGUGUUCGGUAAAGACUUGUAAAACCGCUUAUCAUGUAACAUGUGCAUUUAAACACGGCCUCGAAAUGAGAGCCAUAAUCGAAGACGAAAAUGCCGAUGACGGCGUAAAACUUAGAUCCUAUUGCGAAAAACACAGUAAAUCUAGUAAAAAAGAAAAAAGUAUAUGUUCGGGAUCGGAAGAUGACGACUGUAAGAGAAAAAAACGAAAAGAUAUGACUUCCGAAGAAAAAAAUCAGGCUCGAGCUAUCCGUUUACAAGAAAUAGAAGCGGAAUUUUUCAAGCACGUUUCUAUCAAAGAUAUAUCUAUAACAUUCACCCUAGACAACGAUGCAUUAAUAUAUAUCUAUAACUAUUGGAAAUUAAAGAGAAAAGCCGGUUUUAAUAAACCAUUACUACCUCCGAAAUCCGAAGAUGUAGAUGUACUAUCCCAUAAAAGAGAACAGGCCGAUGUAGAAAAAAUGAAGAUGUUUGUUCAGUUGAGGCAAGAUCUCGAAAGGGUGAGAAAUUUAUGUUAUAUGGUUAGCAGACGAGAAAAACUUUCUAGAAGCUUUUUCCGUAUGAGGGAGCAAACCUUCCAUAAACAAGCAGCAGUUCUAGAAUCGCCACCGACAUUACCUCCUUCCGUGAUCGAAGCCGUCAUCGAGGCUAAUCAUGGUCCGUCAAUUUACGACAGGCUCUAUUCACACAAUGAAGCUGAAGAUCAUACGGAUGAUUUUGAAACUAUAUUAGCAAGAAUAGCGGGUAAAUCUCCCGGUCAUUCUGGCGAUGAAUCUAAAAUUGAAGUUAACGGCUUGUUCAAAGAUGUUAAAAAUAAUCCUUAUAAAAAAGUGUACUUCAACGGAUCUUCCAAACGCAGAAGCGUUAGUCUGUAUAGUAGCAGUAUGUCAGAACCGAGCAGUAGUGAUGAAAAACCUAAAGAUAAUAAAGAAAAUAGAUUACAUACUGAUACUGACGAUGAAAAACCUUCGGCAUCUAAUUCAACAAAAAAGAUACCUAGGAAACAUAAUAACGUCAGUAAAGUUGUGGAUCAUAAGCGGCGAAAGAAACACAGUAUGUUAAAAAGUAUUGUGGAUACUAGCAGUGAAGAGGAUAUAGAACCUUCGAAAAAAGACUGGGGACAAUUUUCUAGAUCGAGGUUAAGUCAAAUGGAUAAAGAAUUAGGCGAAUCAGCUAGCGAUAGCGACGACCUUAUGAUACCUAUUACAUCAUUACACAAAGAUGACAAUCACAAAACUGCCGCAAACUCUAUGUCGUCUAUUUAUUCAGACACUGAUAGUUCUGAUGAUUCAGGGAAAAACGAUGAUAAAUCUUCGAACGCAACUACCGAUUCUCAAAGCAGGUUGCGUACAAAAGCAGCAGUUAAAGAAUUUAUACAAAAACCACCGAAAUGCAAUAAAAAUAGUAAUAAUGCAGACAUUAAAAAGAAAUCAAAAGUCGAUGAGGCUAAAAAAGAAAAGGACACAAAGAAAAAAGACUAUGUACCUUCUGAUCUCAUUGUUCCUCAAAGACAAGCAGCAAAAAAGGCCACGGAAAAUCUAAAAAUCACUACUACUUCAAGAACCAAAGACCAUCCUGUUCCGGUAGAAGAACCUCUUAUUAAAUUGGAAGAAAAAGCGAAACCCAAACAGAAAGCGAAAGCCUGCAAAGAAAGUGAUGUGAAAGAUAUGGAAGUUAGGGAGAAACAAAUAAAAGAUAAAGAAAAAGAAUUGGUAAAAGAAGAAAAGCCCAAAGAUAAAGAACUAUCGAAAGAAAUCAAAGAAAAGAAAAAAGACAAAGAAAAGGAAAAUAAAUUGGAAGUAUUUGAUAUAGAAAAAGAAAUAGAAAAAGAAUUAUUAUAUGUUCCACAAAGACAAGCUGCUAAGAAAGCUGCAGAACAUAUAAAGAGUGGACUUGGAAAGCCGAUACCACAAACUAAUGAAAUACCUCAAUCACAAGAAACUUUGGAUAAAAUUAAGAAAGAAUUCGAAACAACAAAGAAAGUUGAUGGUAGCAAAAAGUCAGAUACUAAAAGUGAUAACGAACCAAUAAAACCAGCUAAAAUAUCAGAAAGUAAAAGAAAGUCUUCCACUAAUUCGAGCAGUAAUUCGUCUUCCUCUACAAAUAGCUCAUCGGAUUCAUCCAGUUCUUCAAGUUCAGAUAGCGAAGAACCAUCAGAUGAAAAACCAUCUCAACAGCCGCGAUCGGAGAGUAAUAAGCGGUCCAAUGUCAAAGACUUGCCCUUUCUUGACAAGGGAGCCAGGUCUGCGGCAACCUCUGGUUCCUCAAGCUCAAGCGAUUCCAGUCCCCCCUCUUCACCCACAAAGAAACCUUCGUCCCCUUCACCAAUUCCCGUAUCCCAAACAGACUCUCCAUCGCGAGCCGCAAAUGAACAUGCUACCAAAAUCAAAAGGAGUCCCGAUAAGAAGCAGCCUUCGGCGACUUCUAAACGAGAAGAACAACAGCAAUCACGAUCGUCUAGAGGACGAGGAAGAGCUCCUAGAGGUCGUCCCAAGACAUCAAACUCUAGUGAACGGCUCGGAGAUGUUAAUGUCAGGAAUAGAGAUAUGUCUGAUAGCCAACGUGUCAGUAUGGAAAGAGAAUCUAAAAUUGCGAAAGGACGAAAGGGAAAAUCAAAUACAAGAGAUAGUUUGGACGAAAAGGAAACCUCAGUCGAUAAAUUACUCUCUCCGGUCCGUAAAACGGAUAAAAAAAUGAAGGAUGAUAAAACAUCUGAAACUUGUACAUUAGAAAAAGAGAUUCUCGAGAGAAAAGCGGACAAAGUAGGUGCAGUAACAAAAAGCAAAUCAUCCAUGUUUGAACGACUAUUUGGCACUCCUGAGAAAAAAGAAGUCAAAUCGGAAAAAAUAGAUAACUUGGAGAAAGUUGAAAAGACGGAAAAAGUAAAGAAAGACUUAUCGAAAAUACUAGACAAGCCUUCUAAAGUUGAAAGACCUCUUAUAGCACCUGAAAAACUUACAAUUCCCGACAAAAAUAAUUUUGUGGACAAGUCCAAAACUAUACUGGAAAAAUCUAAUAAAACUGUCGAAUCUCCGAAGCAAAUUGUGGAAGAUAAAUUCCAGCAAAAAUGUACAUCAGAUAAAGUCAAAGAAGAAGAUAUUCCAAAACCUACGUUACCAGAUAUUUCCUCAGAUAAACCUAUAAAAAUAGAAUCCUUAAUAAAAUCUCCCAAUAAGGAAUUAAAAGAACAGAUAGACAAAAAACUGGAACAAAAAGAAGACAAGAAAGUAGUUAAUAAAAAAUCAACAAAUAAAACUAGAAGCAUAGAUGACAUUUUCGCUAAUAAACUAUCAAAUAGCGAAACCAAAGAAAACGAAAUCGAUAUCAAAAAACCUCCGACUCCAAAACAAAUAAAAACUACCGAUGAAAUAACGUUAGCGGACAAAAUAGUAGACGAUCAUUUGCAGAUACACAAAGCGAAAGAUCUGUUUCGUCAAUCGGAAGGCGUUCAGGAGGCUUUUACGGUAACACCAGAUGUAGCUAAAACGUUACUUAACGAUCUCGAGGCCGAAAAGAAAAAUUUCGUGAAACCAAUCGGCUUAACCAAUCAAGUAUUACAAAAUCGUUCCAUUUUUUCACCGCAACCGCACGUUAAAGACGCAACUGAUUUCCUGGAUUUAGUUAACUUUGAUAUGGAUAUUAGUAAAGAUGAUGAUAUAAUUAAAAGUACUCUAUCUUGGAACUUUAACGCCAAUAACACUAUAGUAAGGGAAGAUACCAAAGAAGAUAGUGCUAGAGAAACGUUAAAUUUGGUGGAAAAACUUAGAAUGGGAUUGUCGAAAAAAUCGGGAGGUAAUGAAUUGGACGAACCUACCACAAGCGAAACCGAUCCACGGAUACCUUUUCAUCAAGAAAUACCUUCUGAAUCUACAAAUGAGGAAGCUAAAGAACCUCCGAUUAAUAAAUUAUUACCAGCGUGUGAUAUCGCCUCUGCUAAAGAAUUUUCGCAUACCAACAAAGAUACUCAACAAGAUUAUAAUUAUUUAAAUAAUAUUCCUCCUAAUGUAUCUAAAGAUAUUGUUCAACCAAACGAAAGUCUAACAGCUCACAGUGCGCCGGUAGAAGGUGACGAACGAUGGGUACCGCCCAGCGAAAAUUAUACCGACAUACAUUCGGUAGAUCAACGAUUUAACAUAGAUCCUGCUGUACCAUCGAUUAGUAAUGAUUCUGUGAUACCAUCGAUAGUUCAAGAUACCGUCGUUCCCCAUUAUAUAGAUCAAUUCGGAAACAAUAAUACCGACCAACAACAACACAAAAAGCAAUUUAAUUCUUUACCCGCUCAACUAGAAGCUAGACUACAUGACGAAGUACUGAAAUCGACGCCGAUAAUUAGAAAUAGGAUAUCUCAGACGCCGCUCAGUGAAACUCCUAUGGAUUCUAUGAAUAGUCCAAUGCCUUAUUCAAACAUUCAUCCACAAGCUAAAUGGGCUGACUGCGAGGUCAUGCCGAAUAGACGAUCUGUUUCAAGGUCGUCUUCAAGCUCUUCAUCGUCGUCGUCAAGCUCUCGUCGAGAUGAAGAUGAAUCACGUCUCCCAGAUAUGCGAAUAGUCAAUCAUGCAACGUUGGAUAUGGCGACAUCAUUCCUAGCCAGUCAAGCUCCACCUCCUUAUCCACCAAAUCCUUUAGACAACUUUGGUGGUUAUUCUGUUCCAGACGGAUAUCCUGUUAGCUUAUUUCCACCACCUAAUCUUAAUACUCAAUUACCUUUUCCACCUACUGGACCUGCUCCGAUGUACCAUCCACCUGCUUUUGGUGCUCCUUUUCCAGCUUCAUCUCAUUCCAUGCCGCCUAUGUCUACUACAAAACCCGUGGAAGAAUCUUCAGUUACCUAUUCAUCGACAUGUACAGCCGCGUUUACGUCUUCUCAACAUAAUAUGGCAUUUACUGCUGCAAUGGUUAAUAUGCCUCCUUCUACUGUCGAACCUAAGCCGAUCGAACAACAACUGGAAGAACAUCUGUUGGGACAACCCAAUUUGGAGACUGUGGUACCACCUUCUUUAACACCUACCACAUCUGCUGAAGAGAUUGUUCCAUCACCGGCUCUGAGCAACAGUACUCCAACAGCAAAUAGCACGCUACCUUCUCCUAGCACAUCCUUAAAAUCCAAUAGUUCGACUGGUAAGAAAUCGCCUAGUAAACCAACAAGAACUUCUGCUAGAGUCAGUUCUCAAAUGAUGAACAAAUCGCCUGCCAAAAGUCCAGGAAAAAGUCCGAGACAAGAGACUGCUCUUAAGCAAAGUGGUCCCGGAAGGGGUAAAGCUGAUCAUAAGCGCGCUCCAAAUAAAAGUGGUAUUAAUAGGGGAGCAGGUGCCUUAAGAGGAAGAGGGCGAGGUAGAAGCAGAGGAAGGGGCAACCACCACAGUGACUUCGACUUUGUGAGCGCUGGUACCAUUCACAAUAAACUAGUCGGCACGGUGUAUGAUUUAGACUUCGAUGAUGAUAUAUCCAAUGAUAACAUGGCGGAUUUAAAGUCCAUGAGAGAGCGAAGAAAGUCCUUAGAUCUCCAUGAAAGAAAAUACGAACCCUUUUCUUCAACUAGGAAUUCUCCUCGAUCGCCCAAAUUUUCUAGUCCAUCACAAACAUCACAUAAAGGUAGGAGUUAUAACACUGACCUAAGGGAAUUGCGACCGCCAACCCCAAUUGAAGAUAGUCGAUCGAAGACUGACAUAUCUCUCGUUAAUUCCAACAAUGAUUCAACGCGAGCUUUUCCAGAUGUUACACCCCCUCUACCUGGACCAGUCGACAUGCGAACUUACAGUGCCAACUUCGAUCAACAAACUUAUAAUGAACAGAAUCUACUAAGUGCCUUUGCAAGCGGCACAGCAGAGACACAGGUGCAGGAUAUAGAUGAAGACUUUGAAAAGGAACUUCACACUGCUCUAGCCAAGAAACCCAUUGAACCUCCAAUACCACCGUCAGAAUCCUCAAACAAUAUUAAAGUUUCCCUUUCGGACUCACGUAAUCAAUUGAAAGUUAAAAUAAAAGGACCCAUUGCUAAUUAUACAUCAACUGUCGCGCCACUUCCGCCUUUACCGCCUCCCGUUCACGAUAGUUCAACACCUGUUUCUGUUAAUUCAGCUGUCAAUAAUGCAAUCAUCAAUAGUGGUGUUACCGGAAUCGGAAGCAUCUCUUCUGGUGGUGGAGGAGUCCCUUCAAGUUUAAGGAGAAUGAGAAAGAAGGAACUGUUGAGGCAGUAUUGGACACAGGAUAUGAAUAUGGAUGAUCCUACAAGCAAUACAGGUUUUACAGCACCAGCAGCGCCUCCUGUCAAUAGAACUAUUAUAACAAUUCCUAAGGCAGUCGCUUCUAUGACCAGCAUUCCCACAAAAGAAGAUUACCGUGACUAUAGGACGGAUUCGGAUGAUUUGCUCGAUUCCAAACACCUCCGUAAAGAAUCAAAGUCGCGUCCUCUCUCUCGAGAACUUCGUCAAUUGGAUUUAAUUGACAGCGAGGGACAUCUUGAAAGAAGACGAAGUGUUGGCUCAUCAGGUACCAACAAUGCCAGUUUCGAUUCGUCUUUAGCUAAUAAACGAAGAGGCAGACCAAUGAGGCCGUCUUCACAACAACCAUUCCAACAGCAGGUUACGCCGAAGCUCAAAAUUAAAAUAGGCAAUAAUACCAAUAGUAUUGUGGGUGGAUUAGACCAUCCACCCGAUCGAAGAGAUAGGAUAAGACCGCCUAAGAAGCGAUUAGUUGCUACACCUAACAAACCAUCUGUGGAAGAUUUGAAACGAGAGAGUAUGAAGUUUAGAAAAAUGAUGAUCAAAGAUCUAAAAAUCAAGCACAAAAAGGAUAAGAGCGAGAAGAAAAAAAAGAAAAAGCUCAAGUCCGAAGUACAAAUAAUUGCCAACGCUAGUGAAAAUCCUACAAAACUGAUUAUUCGGUUUGGUAAAAAGAGUGAUAGUGAGAGUGAUAAACGGACGAGUGGUGAAUUGGACGAUAUAAAACCGGAAUCUGGUAAUAAAGAUAUUCCGGAUAAACCUUCAAUACAAUCGGACGAUAAAUUACCGCCGGUUAAAUUAAUUCCUAUAAAAUUAAAACUGUCUAGAUGUCAAGAAGGUUCCGGGUAUGUGAUGAAACCUCCCGUCCAGAACACCGAAAAAGAAGAGGAGAGGGCGGUACAACCGGGCCAACCUCCACCCGCCGAUCCCGAACCAACGCCUCAUAAAGAAACGGAACCUGCCGCCAAAUCCUCCCCAUCCCCAUUAGACCCUGCCCUUCCGGUAUUAGCCGUCAAUAAAGACUGCGAAGUUAGAUGAUAAUCGUGUAAAUUUAUUUAUGUCGAAAUUGUGUAAUAUAUGUAAUAUUGGUUGGAUAUGAUAGUGACCAGUGUGAAGGCAGAAAUAGAGAGAUUAAAUAAUUGCGAAUUAUUUGUACAGUCCGAUGAGAUGCUAGCUGCUAUUCACAUGUUUAAAUCCACGUUGUUAAGCUGACUAGUGAAUGUGUAGGCUAAGCGAAGGACACAUACGUGGAUAAAUUAACGUCGACAGUUUAUUAUUGAGGGAUCUCUAUUUGUUUAUUAAUUACAUUUAAUUGAUUUCGCUCAUUUUUAUGGUUGAUCAACUACAAAAUAUUGAUCGUUAUUUAAUUUUAUUAUAUCUCUGAUAUACAAAUUUUUUACAAAUAUACUAAAUUGAACAUUUAGCAAAUUAUAGUUGAUUAACUAUAAAUAAAUAUUAAAUUUAUUCAAAAGGAAAUAUUUGGUACAAAAACCUUCAGAUCAUUAUUAAUGAAUAAUAAAAAUAAUUAUGAUUCUAUGUUAGGGACUUGAGGUACAUCUGACUUGAUUAGGUAUUCCAUCUCUGAUGAUUACUGUUGGGAGAAACAAGUUGUCUUUGUAAAAUUUAAUUAGACUUGUUGAGAAGCCAAGUGGUUCAAUUUUUCAAUCAAGAUCUCAUUAUCAAUCCUGUCGAACGCUUCGGUAGUAUCGUUGAAUUUUGAUAUAUUUUAAUCAUUUUUAUUACAUGUUAUAAAAACUAUGUAAGCGAGAAAAAGAGAUCCAAAAAUGGGAAAACUGUCGACACCGUUUCCAGUAUGUGAUAUUCAUUGUACAAAGUCAAUUAUGGCAACACCGUAAUAUUAUUUUUGUACAUAUUGUAAGUUAAUGUAAUUGUGAAUAUACAUAAUAGUGACUAAACUAAUUUAUAUAAAAUUUCAUUUAAAAUGAUUAUUAACUCGUGUUGACAAGUUUUUUGAUAGGUAGAACUCGUUAUUAGAAAAAAAAAGAAAUGAUUCGUCAUUAUACAGAUUGUUUUGAAAAAACAAUAAUCUGUCUCAAGAAACUUUUGAAAUAAUAACUUUUAAAUAUUGCAUUUAUCAUUACCUGUUUAAAAUAACGUUAGAAAAGUAAAAAAAAAUAUUACACCUUAAUUAAAUUUUGAUAUUCCAGCUGCAAGCGAUUAUUUGUAAAUUUUAUUUGGGAUUAUUUGAAAUUCAGAAAUGUAGAUAUCAACUUUUUUGCAUCAAAGUAGAAAACAUUUUUCGGUUUUUCUGUUUUGCAAUUUUGUGGAGGAUAUUUUCGUAAUUUUUUAGGUUCUGUUUGGCUUCAAUUACAUAUGCAAGUUCACUGUUAUGGUAGGUAGGCAUUUUUCCAUUUUAUUUUCCCGUAUAUUUCAUGUAAAUGAAAAAUGUUGGAUAAAUUAAAAUAGUUUUUGACGUGGACAGUUUGUCAUAUUUUGAUAAAAUAAUACAGCAAUAGAGUUAAUCAGAUAGAUCAGAAGGCUUCAGAAUAUGACGAAAGGAUAAAGCAAAGAGAUAGUCCUUCUCUACUAAAAUAAAUUGAUACAAAACAAAAUAUCUACUAAGAAUAGGAAUAGAAAGGUAAUAGAAUUCGAAAAAAAACUGAACUUCAAUUAUCUAUCAAAGAAAAAAAUUAAUCAACUCAACCGAUUUUCAGAAAUUAAUUUCUUUUUUUGAACAAAAUGUUGUUUUCUUCAUUUUUAUGUUACUAGGAAAUAAAUACAGUUACAUCCGAGAUCAAUGAACAAGUAGUAGGUUCGGGAAAACGAGAACAAAAAUAAAAGACACGCAAAAAAUUAAAAUUUCUUACUUUAGAAAAUUACAAAAGUUUUUCGAGAUGGAUUUUUUUCGAGACAAUUGAUACGCGAAAAAAUAUUAUUUAUAAAUAUAUAUUGUACAGGGCAAAUGGCUUGCGUGCAAUUUUAUUAUGGAUGAUAUUGUUGUUAUGAGAGCCAUUGGUUUUUUAUUAUUAUGAUUAUUAUAUUGUAGAAAUCGUCUUCUUUUUUAGUGAGAGUUUGUUUUAUGCAGGAUAUUUUGAAUGUGUGGAUACAUAUGAAGAUAUAACGUCAAUUUUGAAAGGUAACUUUAAAUCAUUUCGAUUUUAGUUUAACUCUAUUAAAUAUUGUUUUUCCACAAAAAAGAUCUCAUCAAUUUUAUAUGAAAAACUUUUAAAACCAAAUAAUUCGGAGCUUUUAUGUUAAACUUACUACUACUUGUAAAACAAGUACUGAUAGUAUAUUUCACUAAAAUUUUAUUUAGUGAGCCAGUCAAUUUUAAAAAACGAAUUAUCAAAGUUUUAAAAAUAUUUUUAACAAACAGAUCAAUAUGAAUUAUAAUAAAUACAAUAAACAAUCUAGGUGGAAAAAAUAUAGUGUACUGACUUCAGUGAAAUGUAAAUUAGUGACAAAAACUACAUUUUGAAAAAGUUUCAAUUAUAUUAAAAUUAUUUUGAAUUGUUUAAUGCAGCGCUUCUCAAGCUGUUUUUACUUUCUGGACGUAACUUCCGGUCCAAAAAGAUGUACUUUCAAAAAAAAAAAUACAUAAUUUUUGUUGUCAUUUUAAAGUUUCAAAAAUUCACGUUAUAUUAAUAACUUCUGUAGGUAGGUUUUACCAUUACGCAUAGGGUGCUGCGUUAUUUUUUCACGUUUCUUUUUUACUUUCCACUUUUAUUAUCCUUCCUCUAUUUUAUCUUUAAUGAUUCUAUGUUUAAUUUAUGUCUGGACACCUCCACUAUCUAUUUUCCAUCAAAUGUGUGUUAGAUUUAAUCGAGAUCUAUUUUUAGUCAUUGGGGACACAAUAGAUCAUUUGGGUUACAGAGUAUAUGACACCCUGAAUUACAAUUGUCCAUUACUGUAUAUUUUUGUCGGUCUUUCAACAUUUCUUAUUUUCUUGUUUUUAUUUUUAAUGCCAUCUUUUUUUUAACUUAUAAUAAAUAAAUAGCAAAUCAAAUGACCUCUGUUUAAUAUGUAUUCCGAAGUUUCGAAUACUUACUUAUUCAUCAUCGGGGAAUUAGUUAAUCAAGAAUUAUGAUGAUGAUAAAUAUGUAAGUGUUCAAAAGUUCGAAAUUCAUAUUGUAUGUAUGUAUGGAUUUGGGAUCUCAUAUACCCUGCGACCCAAAGGAUCUAUUGUGUCCCCUUUUCUUGCUGCGAUACUGGAGAACCCAGUGUUUACACCUGAUCCAUUAAUCCCACUCCAUUUAAAAAGUCUAGAAUGUGGGAUGGCUUUAAUUGCCAGAGAUCUUCGUCUUCAAUUUCUUUCGCUGUCAGGUGUAGUGUUCUGGAGUUCCCCAUUUUGAGAGAAUGUGGAUAUGGUUUCGUCCUCUGUGCAACAAAACCUGCAAGCCGCAUUAUCUGUCUUUAGGUGUUUGUUGACACUUAGGAUGAUACAUUCAGCAGACCUACUCUGGUUAUAGUUUCCCAGAAGAGGGAAUACAUAUUAGGAGUACACUUUGGUGUAUUCAUAAACUAGUUCGGUUUAAUAUAUUUUCCAUAUUUUUUUUUGUUUUCUAUGCUUAUGAUUAAUGUCUUUGUUUUCUUAACCUUGUUGAUAGUUAUUUUCCAAAUAUGUUAAUACUAUAAAAACAUUCAGUUUUGUUUUUAUUAAUGUUCACUUACCAAAUAUUUUUCUAUAGCAUUGAAAAAGUAAUGCACACUUAUUUGUCUUAAUUUUAUGCUUAAUUUUAUUCUUUUUUUCAGUAUUCAUUGAAUGGCAUCUUUUAUUCAGUUAAAUACCUUCUCAAAAUUUUUGUAGCCAGAUUGUGUGUCUCUGCCAUCCUUUACUUAUUUUUUAGUCCUAUCUAAUUAUCACGUCUUGUGUAUUGUAUAUUGUAUUCCUUCUAAUAUUACUGCCAACGCUUUCCCUGAUUUUUCAUGAAUGCAAUCCAUUUGUAGCUGCUGCAUACAAAUGUUAAUCUUCUAUGUGAUUCAUUUCCACACAUUUUUAUCACGAAAAGUGAUCAUUCGGAGAGGUUUUCAUUUCUAAGCACACUUUUUAUCAUACAAAUCAUCAUGAUCAUCAGCCUCAGCACGAUGAUCCAUUUCAAAAUCUGAGCUGUCUAUAAUAACUAAUUCCAGUAGUCUUUCUCGACAGCUGCCGACCUGUUUGCUAUUUCAAGAAUCCUGGUAUCACUUUUGAUGCAGUCCAAGCAUCUAAAUUUCAAACUUGCGUCAUUUCUUUUCCUGGCUAAUUCGGCAUUGCAGAUGAUUGAUAUAUCUUGAACGGUAUUUAAUGUAUUUCAUCAGGAUGUGUUAACUUCUCUUUCCAAAGACAAAUAUGUGCGUCACUUUUUGGAUAAUCGUUAUCACUGAACCUAGAUAAUUGAAGCUAUUAACUCCUCAAUUAUAUCCCAAUAAUAUUGGAUUCGUCCAAAGGACAUAAGUCUUUUAACGCUGUUUGUAAUUUUCCAACAUUGUACAGAUUGUGAGUACCGAUGCUUUUUUUAUGUAUCGGAUAUGUUACUCCUGUCUUCCAAUCUUCCUGUAUUACUUCCUCUGUCCACGCCAUUAGUAUUAUUUCAUGCAGAUUCUCUAAUCUGCUUCCGUACAGUUCUUAAUGCAGUCCAUCUGGUCGUUUUAUUGAUUUUCAGUUACAUCUAGUAGUUCUAAAUCACCAUUGCGGAAAUCAUAUCUUAUUAGCUCAAUACCACUAUUUUUUUUAAAUGCUGUUUAUAGUGCUGAGUCCAUCUUUCCAGAAUACCAGCUUGAUAUUUGACUAAAGACCCAUCGCUUUUUCGAUUUUGGCUUAUUCUUCGUAGAGAUGAUUUCCCACUACCUUUCUUUGUGCUCCUUUAAUCAUUGUUUAUUAUACAAAUGGCUAUUUAUAAUAAUGUUAUUUCUAUCUAAUCUUUCAUUUCCUUUUGGUAAUAUUCAUAGAAAUUUAAAAAAACUCGAAACAUUCUGGAUGUCAUUCUUGAUAUAUAUAUAAAAAUUAUUAGGUUAGAUUAGGUUAAAUUUAUCAUUUGUUUCAAUCAUUCACAAUUUUUAAAAACCAAUGUUUUGGAAUUUUGACUGCAUUUCUUUGAUUUGACAGAAUAAAUAGUUAUUUUAACCCGGGUACACUAUAUUUUUUCUAUAUUGAAAGACCAUAAUCAUUGUUUUUAACUAAUUUCAUUUGAAAAUACAACAAAGCUCUUCUAUCCGUCUACAUAUUCGAAAUAUUUUAUAAUUUUUCUUUUGCAGAUGCCAAUGUGUUCUCUUUCUUCAAUGCGCGUUACAUUUUUUAUUGACACUAUUUUUUUUUUAAUAUAUUUGAUGGAAUGGAAUGACAAUCUAUCUUCUAGCUUCUUAUAGACAAUAUUCCACAUGGGUUGAAAGGCUAUUCUUCUUCAUAUCUAUAGAACCAUAGAAGCAUUUUUAUGACUAUCUUUACCUGUGAGAUUAGAUUUUUAGAUUGGAUUAUUUCAUUGUUAAUCAUAUCAUCAUUUGAAAAUAUGACAUAAUUUGAUGUGGAUUGGGGCUCUGACAUUUUUGGAUAUUGCUAUCAUGAAGAUUAUUUUCUAUUUUUAUUAAUUUAUUGCAUUUGUUAUUCCUCUAGAGCACCCUUAUCUUAGCAUUCGACAUUUUUUAAUACUUUCGUGAUUAUAUAUCAAUCAAACUUUCCAAAAAUAAAAA